AUGACAAGGUGUAUAAGGAAAGCAAGAAUACAGUAUAACCUAGUGUUCUAUGGUCUGGUCAUAGCUUUGUAUGACAAGGUGUAUAAGAAGGUGACCGUCACACCAGAUGGUGUCUGGAGUAACUUGGCUGCCGACUACAUCAGAAACAAUGACCGUCUCUUGGUGGAAUCAUGUGACCGUGUCAUGACCGCCUAUGAAGAGGAGAUGCUUCCGUGCGAAUCCUUUGCUGAAUUCGUAGAUGUGAUUGGUUUACUGGAGGACAUGCCUGAACCUGACGGUUUCCUGUCAUCACUUCUCCAGUCUGUACCAUAGGCUCCUGCAGACUUCCGUUUGUGUGGGGACCUCUACUUAUAAACGAUGCUUGUCUGUUGUUACCUUCCACAGUACUACAUGGAUAUAAACAUUGUAUCAGCUUUCUUCAGUGUAAUACAGUGACAACGCCCUGAUAGAAUUAAAGAUGACAGUAUUUAGGGAGAUACAGGGACACAGGAGAUAUCUGGCUCUAUUUGGAGUGUAGUAUAGGAGACCAACAUACAGGGACAUGGGAGAUAACUGUGUUUUGAGUUUGGUGUUUUAUUUGAUGGUCUAUGAUGGGAGAUAUUGUUGUAUGAUGUUGUCAGUUUGUACAUCUGUAUACAAUAUAUUUUUCUUCUAUUGCUUCUAUUGAAGAUGCUCUAUGUUGCUUACAAGGGUUUUCAUUUUGCUAAUUUGUUGCCCUCCCAGUGUGAUAAGGGGAGGGCUGAAAACACUUGAGUAAAUUUGCACUCUGGUAUUUCUAAACAUAUUCUUCAGGUUGGUAAGUACGGAUUAUGAAAAGUUCUUUUUACACAACCAAUACAAUU